GAGCUGUCAGAACCUUGGCCACACUGCUUCCCUAAGGAUUGCUGUCCCAUUUCUGUUCCAAAGGAUUGUAACCCGACUUCAGAGGAUGCUGGUGCUGUGUGACUUCCCAAAACUUCUGUAUGACAAGUUUGUUGAGUUUUUCCAGUCCAUCUCCCUUCCCUGCCACUGCUAUGCCUUCUCAAACAGCUUGAAUGUUUUGCCCUGGGACCACGUGUUACUGACCACAGUUUUAAAAGGCCAGAACAUCACUGGGCAGAGGAGACAGAAGGGAAGGAAAACGUACCUGUGGGAAGCACUCCCUGUCGUGGAGGCUCGAGUGGAGAAACUGCUGGAGAAAAAGAAGUACAGGGAAGUUGUUCGCUACCUGAGAGCUGUGAAAUGCAAUGAAAACCAAAGGCUCCGAGACCUUCGGGAUCUGAUCCCUUUCUACCUGUGCAAAACUGGGAAUUUCCUGGAUGCUGCCCACUCCCUGCUGUUCCCUGUGAACAGCCUGGCCUGCUGCUCUGCCUGCAGGAUCACUCCCUGCCAGUUCAAGGUCUACCUCAAGAUCUUCAGGACAGGCUGUGUUCCCUCUGGGAAUGACAUGCUGGACACAGGGCCCUGGGUUACAGCUGGCUCUCCCCUGAGGAACACUGUGCUAAUUAAGCAGGCACUCAAACUGCUCUACAGCAGCAAGGCACUCUACAGGAAUGCCAAAUGUUGGAGUUCCUUCAUCACGAUUUUGGGGAGCAGCAAUAUUUUGGAAAAGAGGGGGCACCUGCUUCCCUUACCCCUGGUAGAGCCCCCCCUUGGCUUCCAAGAGAAUGUGCUGGCAGCCAGUGGCAACUUCCUGGAGGAUCUCAAGUCUGGAGUUAAUGUCUCUUUGCCAUCUGCUAUUUUCUCUGGUCAGCUGCACCACGAGGCUUCUCUCAUCCUGGCAGUGCAGGCAGUGCAGCAGAUGCUUUGUUGUGACCUUCCCCACUUGACUUCCUUCUUAGAGAUAGUCCUGGCCUUUGGGAAAAACUUCUGGGCUCUGAGGCUGUUGCUGGACCUGCUUUCCUGUGAGGAGCACACCCUGUGUGGCACUGCCAACCUGCUUUUGAGGGACCUGAGUCGGGAGGAAGGCACCGUGCUGAGAGUGUGGCAGAACCUUGGCCCCCAGUACGUGGGGGAGUUCCUGUGCCUCUUCCUGACCUGCAGACACAAGAGGAUGCAAUCUGUGGGGCUCUUCAGCCUCAACGUGGUCAUAGAGAACCUGCAUCUAUGUUCCUGGGCCAAGCAGCUCUGCACCUUUUUCCACGAGUCAGGGUUGAGGCAGCUCCCCUUUGGCACCACAGUUCACCAGGAAGUUUCCAAGUUUGUCAGUGCUUUCCAGAAGCUCUGAUUGGGAUCAAAUCCUCAGGAAUAUUUUCCAGUUGGUUUUUCAUUUAACCAAUCUCUUCCUGGAGAGUUCCUUGGGUUUGCUUUGGUUGUCACCUCCAGGAAGAGUUAGCUAAAAACUGACUUCCCUGGCUCUGGGGUGGGAGCAGAGCCACAUUUUGGGCAUUUCUUGCAGUUCCACAUAUUCAGGAGUUGUUGGAAGAGGCAGCAGGUUGGAAUUGUUUCCAGAAACACGCAUGGAGCAGCAAGCAGCAAAGAAUUUUUCCUCCUGUUGGGACACAAACCUUGCAAGAGUCAACUGCUGAGAGCUUAAACCUGGAAAACAGGGAGCUGAGAACUCCCUCUGCAGCAGUUUGGGGUCAGGUGCUGUUUGCACAGCUCUGAUUUUGGGUUUCAUUGUAAACCAAGAGGCAGGAAGAUAAAACUGAGCUUUAUUUUCUUCCAACAACCCCAGUGUGGAGCAGUGGAGAGCUGAUUUUAUUUGGAAAUAAUCCAGCUUUCAGGCUGGGCCUUUAUUUUCUGCUGAAAAUAAGAUUUAGAUUGGUGCAGGUGGCUCUGUGCAUUUCCCAAAUCCUAAUUCUGGGGGGAAUUUGGAGUUCACUGACCUGGGCAGGUGAAAGAACUCUGGAGCCUGGGCUGGGCUCUGCCCUUUGGGAUCCCCCUGUGGCCUGGGCAGGCAGGAAAACAAAACUCAGUGUGUGCCCAAGGGCACUUUGCACAUUUCCACAGGGGGCUGGGGGCUUCUGCAGCUCUGCUUGUCCCAAAGUUCCCACCAAAAAAUGCACCUGGGUGGAAAUCUGACACCUUG